UGUCGACGACGAUCAUGGGUGAUCGUAGACGUGCAAAUUCGCCGAUGGAGAAAUUGGCGAAAUAUUUGCGUUUGAAAGGAUCCAGGGAUGGUCUUUAUUUCAUCGAAGACGACAAAAAAAUCUUGGAGUUCAUUAUGAAUCCGGACUGGGAGGGAAGCCUCCGCGGACACCGAGUCUGGGAACGUUUAAAAGAGGAACAUUUCUUGCUGCUACCCAGGAUCCAUUGGAAUGAUCUGAAGCUUCGUGCUCAAAAGCUCCUUCGACCUAAGAGAGAGCUCAGGGCGUGGAUCGCCUUGACCGGUUUAAAGAGAUCCAGGUGGGUCGAUGAGACUCGUCCUGAGUGGCCCGCGUUUAAUAUUUCGAUGCGGUACCUGCGGCAUUACUUGUUAAAUAAAGGCGAGAAGGGAAGGCUAAACACUCCGUUUGAUAUCGAGGAGGACACCGAGGUAAGCAUAGUUUUUUACAUUUUAACUUAAGAAUAAAAUAUUUAUUAUUUUAAAUAAUAGAUAUGUCGAGACAGUUUUACUUUGUAUUGUAGCAUGGAUUUUUAAAAUCUAGUCUAAGCAAUUUUUAAGUAUAAAACAUUACUGUCUACUUUAGGGUCAUGAUUUUCAAGAUGAUAUGGUUAGGCUAUCUCAAUUCUCCGAAAAUCAUUCCUUAGGAUCGAUGGUUACAGUCCAAAUCAAGGAGGAACCAGGUUUCGGAACAGAAGGUUCCGACGAAGAGUAGGAGUCAAGAUUAUACUUGAGGUGAGCAUCGACAAUUUCAUUUUUGAUACAAACGUAAAACAUAUAACAAUCGAAAAUAUACAAUUUAUACAAUGAACCGCUAAUAUGUGUCCAAGCUAAUGGAAAAAGAUAAGGUCGAGAACGAUUGCACACAAAAAAGAACAGAGAGCAGAAAAAAAAAAUUCAACGCACUUGGCGCGCAUUCGCACGUUUAUACGCAGUAAUCGAGAACGUUAAAAUGAAAAGAAGAAAAAAAAAAUUAUAAUAAUAAUAAAAGAUAACGUGACCGAUAAAGCACGUAGAAUUUCUUGUCGCGCUCGAGUCUCGACUCGCGCAUACACACACAUAGGUACAUUCAUGUAUGCAAGCUGCUGCAAUGUGCAGUAGCCACCGCGCGCGCGCGCGGCAUUGCACAUUUUAUGCAUGUGAAGCGUAUACACACGCGGUGAAACUCCGAUCGUCCGUGUCGGCGGAGGCGCAAGAGUUUUCUCAACAAAUUUUCUCGCAAACAACAUCAUUACACGAGGGCGAUAUUAUAUUCGGAGCUCGUUUAUUUAGAUAAAUCGUUGUUUAAAACCUUCGUUCGGCUCACCAGAGAGAGGAAAAGAGAGAAAUAACGCGAAAAGCAAGAAAAAUAAUAAUAAAGACGCGUUGUAGCUGGAACAGCGGCUCUCUUCGACAUAUAUAUUUUGCCGCUGCCGCAGCCGCCGCGCUUUAUACGACGCGGGUAAAACCCACGAGUUAAAAAGUCCGCGCGCUUCGGGCUCUCAAUGCUCGCGGGGCACGUCCAUACCGGCAGCACACAAGCUCGCACAAGUGUCUCUCCUCAGUCAGUCCACACUCCGCUCCGAUCCGCUCGCUGCUGCUGUGUUUUUCGCCUUUUAUUAUUCGCGAGAUAUGUAUGAUAUACACACGCUUGCAGCACACACGUCCAAAAGCUCUCUUCUCCCCACCUACCUUCCCGACGUCGUCGCAGAAGCGGUUCUCCGCGUACUGCGCCGCUGCUGUCGUCAGCGUC